AGAACAGCUGCGACUCUCCAGUCUCCACGCCACCGAACUCCGAAGAGGCCACCUCCCCUCAUGGCCUCAUCACAUCACAGCGCCUCCUCACCUUGUCUGUCCUCUUCCUCUCGCCCCUUAUCUUACUCGUUUACGUUUCUUCUCGUGGGGAGAGAGAAACAGCAGGGCUAGAUUAGAUACCACAGAGAGAGAGAGAGAGAGAGAGAGAGAGAGAGGGAGGGAGGGUGGAGAGGAUGGCUUCGCUGCAGAGCCAGAGCCUGCUCGGCAUUGGCAGCAGCAGCAUCGUCUUGGCACGAGCGAGGGUGCAGCAGUGUCUGGCAGCGGCGUCUCGCUCACACGCGCCCCUCCUGCAGGCCAAUGGAGGCAGGACGGGCCUCCCCUCCUCCUCGAUCCUUAACGCUGGCAAUGCGAUCAGCUUCAGCCGGCGGAGAAGGAAGGACCUGCGCGUCGUCGCGGAGGCGGCCGCGGCGGGGCCGACCAAGGUCACGCCGGCCUCGUCUGGCGGCGUCAGCAUCAGCGACGUGCUCUGGCCUUCCGCCGGAGCAUUCUUGGCCAUGGCGGUACUUGGGAAAAUGGACCAGGUGGUGGCGUUCAAGGGAGUAUCCUUGACGAUUCCGCCCCUGGGAGCAGUCUGCUGCGUGCUUUUCAGCGCUCCAGACUCGCCUGCAGCCAAGAAAUAUAAUAUGUUCGUCGCCCAGAUCGGUUGUGCGGCUUUGGGCGUAUUAGCCCUCUCGUUGUUUGGGCCUGGCUGGUUAGCAAGAGGUGCAGCCCUUUCAGCCUGUAUAGCAUUCAUGACCAUCACGGGUGCCUCACAUCCUCCAGCUGCAAGCUUGCCCCUCCUAUUUAUCGAUGGCCCGAAGUUUCACAGUUUGCAACUUUGGUACGCGCUUUUCCCUGGAGCUGUAGGUUGCAUCGUCCUUUGCUUGAUUCAAGAGGUGGUGGUUUACCUGAAGAAGAACAUCAAAUUUUGACUCAAGUAUCUUGACUCUAUGGAUUCUUGUGGCAAUGAUUCUAUUAAUUAUUCAAUCAUGUACCAUAAAUUACAUUGCCAACAUUUGCCAAGCAUGUUCGGUUGUCCUGCAGCUGUAAUCCAUAGAGAUAAAAUAUUGUAAAAUACACAACCACAGUCGGAUUAAAGUCGCAGCAAGCCGUAGCGAACAUGGGGAAAGUUGUGAAAAUGAAGGCCUCCUAUCUCUUGUAUUAGUUAAAGAAGAAAGAGGACUUUCCUUGAUACCUUGUGCUCGUCAAAAUGCAGAGGACACAAAUGUGUAUAUACCAUUAUCUCUGUCACUGUGGACGCAUUAACCCUUAGUGAUGUUUUGGUAAUUAAUGACAAAUAUUUGUGGAC